AUGUUCAAAGGCUGCCGGCGCGAGGACAUGGCUCCACACAUUUACUCCGUGGCUCAGAGGGCGUACAGGAACCUGCUGACCACGCGGCAGGACCAGUCCAUCGUGCUCCUGGGGAAGUCCGGCAGCGGCAAAACCACCAACACCCAACACUUGGUGCAGUACCUGGUCUCCAUCGCAGGAAGCACUGGAAAGAUCUUCUCUGCGGAGAAAUGGCAGGCGGUCUACACCAUCUUGGAGGCGUUCGGAAACAGCUCCACGUCCAUGAACUCCAACGCCAGCCGCUUCUCUCAUGUUGUGUCUUUGGACUUCGAUCAAGCGGGACAGGUCUCCUCGGCCUCCAUACAGUCAGAAUCCACCUUCAACGUCUUCUACUUCCUGAUGUCUGGAGCAGACAGCAGCCUCAGAACGGAGCUCCAUCUAAACCACUUGGCGGAGAACAGCACUUUUGGGAUCCUUCCUCAGACCAAGGCUGAGGACAAGCAGCGUUCGUCGCAGCAGUUCACAAAGCUCCAGGCCGCCAUGAAGGUGCUGGGCUUCUCCUCCGAGGAACAGAGGGCGCUAUGGCUCAUUCUGGGAGGAAUCUAUCACCUGGGAGCCGCUGGGGCCACAAAAGCCGGGCGGAGGCAGUUUGCACGUCACGAAUGGGCCCAGAAGGCGGCCUACCUGCUGGGCUGCACGCUGGAAGAGCUGUCCUCCUCCAUCUUCAAGCACCAGGGAAAAGGACUGCAGCACAACCAGUCCUUCAGGGGAGGAGCCGAGGACAUGGGGCAGGGAGACGGAUCUGGUUUGAAGAUAACGGCGCUGGAGUGUCUGGAGGCCAUGGCGUCUGGACUUUACUCUGAGCUCUUCACACUGGUCAUCUCCCUCAUCAACAGAGCCCUGAAGUCCAGCCAGCACUCGCUCUGCUCUCUCCUCAUCGUGGACACUCCUGGCUUCCAGAAUCCCAAAGUCUCUCAGCUGAAGCGCGGAGCCACCUUUGAAGAGCUGUGUCACAACUACACCCAGGAGAGACUGCAGACGCUGUUCCACGAGAGGACCUUCACACAGGAGCUGGACAGAUACAAGGAGGAGAACAUAGAGCUUGCAUUAGAUGACAUAGAGAGCUCUGCGUCUCUGUCUGUAGCAGCAGUGGACCAGGCCUCCACUCAAGCACUGGUUCGCACUCUGUCCCGCACGGACGAGGCACGUGGCCUGCUGUGGCUGCUGGAGGAGGAAGCAGUGCAUCCUGGGGGAUCAGAGAGCACCAUGCUGGAGAGACUCUUCAGCUACUAUGGCUCCGCACAGCCUCAUGGGAAAGGAGGUUCUCUGCUGCUCCAUGGGGACCGGCCACACCACUUCCUCCUGGGCCACAGUCACGGCACAGACUGGGUGGAGUACGACGCCCAGGGCUGGCUCGGCCACGCCAAACACAACCCUGCCGCCCAGAACGCCGCCUCUCUGCUGCAGGACUCACAGAAGAAGAACAUCAGUGGUUUGUUCAUGUCGAGAGGCAGCGGAGCCACAGUUCUGUCUGGGUCCAUCGCGGGUCUGGAGGGCAGCUCUCAGCUCGCUCUGCGUCGGGCCACCAGCAUGAGGAAGACCUUCACCACCGGAGUCGCAGCCGUGAAGAAGAAGAGUCUGUGCAUCCAGAUCAAACUGCAAGUGGAUGCUCUGGUGGACAUGGUGCGGCGCUCGAAGGUCCACUUUGUGCACUGUCUGCUCCCAAAAUCUGAGUGUGUGAGCGGCGGCGACCUGCGCGUGCCGCACGGCGAGAGCGCGGAGGCGGGGCUUAUGACGCUCGACGUCCCGCUGCUGCGCGCUCAGCUCAGGGGCUCCAAGCUGCUGGACGCUCUGCGCAUCUACAGACAAGGGUUCCCAGACCACAUGGUGUUCUCCGAGUUCAGACGACGCUUUGAUGUCCUCGCUCCUCACCUGACCAAGAAGCACGGGCGCCAUUACAUCGUGACGGACGAGAAAAGGGCGGUAGAGGAGCUGCUGGAGUCUCUGGAUCUGGAGAAGAGCACGUACCACAUGGGGCUCAGUCGCGUGUUCUUCAGAGCCGGUACUCUGUCCAGGCUGGAGGAGCAAAGGGACGUCCAGACCAGAACCAACAUCUCUCUGUUCCAGGCUGCGUGCCGCGGAUACCUGGCUCGUCAAGCUUUCAAGAAGAGGAAGAUCCAGGACUUGGCGAUCCGCUGCAUUCAGAAGAACAUCAAGAAGAACCGCGGGGUGAAGGGAUGGCCCUGGUGGAAACUCUUCACCACCGUCCGCCCUCUGAUUGAAGUCCAGCUGACGGAGGAGCAGAUCCGGGGCAAAGACGAGGAGAUCCAGCAGCUGAAGCAGAAGUUGGAGAAAGUGGAGAAAGAACGCAACGAGCUGCGGCUGAACACGGACCGUCUGGAGAGUCGGAUCUCAGAGAUGUCCUCAGAGCUCGCAGACGAGAGGAACACGGGAGAGUCUGCAUCACAGCUGCUGGAGUCCGAGACCGGGGAGAGACUGCGGCUCGAGAGGGACAUGAAAGACCUACAGGGGAAGUUUGACCAAAUGAAGAAGCAGAUGGAAACGAUGGAGAUGGAGGUGAUGGAGGCGCGGCUCAUCAGGGCCUCGGAGCUGAACGGGGAACUGGACGACGAUGACUCAGGAGGCGAGUGGCGGCUGAAAUAUGAGCGUGCUAUCAGAGAGAUCGAGUUUACAAAGAAGAGGCUUCAGCAGGAGCUGGAGGACAAGAUGGAGGUGGAGCAGCAGAGCAAGAGGCAGCUGGAGAGAAGGAUCACUGACCUCCAAGCCGAUAACGAGGAGGCUCAGAGGAACAUCCAGCAGCUGAAGAAGAAGGCCCAGAAGCUGACGUCCGAGCUGCAGGACACCAAACUGCACCUGGAGGGACAGCAAAGCCGCAACCACGACCUGGAGAAGAAGCAGCGCAAGUUUGACAGUGAGCUGAGUUCGGCGCAGGAGGAAGCGUCUCGGGAGAGGAGCCUGAGAGAGAAAUUGGCCCGAGAGAAAGACAUGCUGACGGGAGAAGCGUUCAGUCUACGGCAGCAGCUGGAGGACAAAGAUGUAGAAGUGUGUGCGGUGAACCUCAAACUGGACCAACUGGAGGCCGAGCUUCUGGACCUCAACUCUCAGGAAACCAAGGACGAGGCUUCUCUCGCCAAGGUGAAGAAGCAGCUGCGAGACCUGGAGGCCAAAGUGAAGGAUCAGGAAGAGGAGCUGGAUGAGCAGGCUGGCACCAUACAGAUGUUGGAGCAGGCCAAACUCCGUCUGGAGAUGGAGAUGGAGCGGCUCCGACAAACUCACUCCAAAGACAUCGAGAGCAAAGACGACGAGGUGGAGGAGAUCCGGCAAUCCUGCAGCAAGAAGUUGAAGCAAAUGGAGGUGCAGCUGGAGGAGGAGUACGACGAGAAGCAGAAGGUUCUGAAGGAGAAGAGAGAGCUGGAGUCCAAGCUGCUGUCGGCACAAGACCAGGUCCGCGGUGGAGACGUGGAGACCGAGAAACGUCUGAGGAAAGACCUGAAGAGAACCAAAGCUCUGCUCGCCGACGCACAGAUCAUGUUGGACCACAUCAAGAACAACGCUCCGAGCAAAAGAGAGAUCGCGCAGCUCAAAAACCAGCUGGAGGAGUCAGAGUUCACCUGUGCUGCUGCGGUCAAAGCUCGUAAGUCGAUGGAGGUGGAGAUCGAGGACCUGCACGUUCAGAUGGAGGACAUCUCUAAAGCCAAACAGACAGCAGCAGCGGAGCUACUAGCCGAGGAUGCUAGCUCAAUGAUGGCCAGGUAUCCCGAUGCUCCGCUGUUUAUUGUGGGUGAUUUUAACAACUGUAGACUCGACGCUGUCAUGCCAUCACUGCACCAGUAUGUGGAUAUUCCCACGAGGAAGCAAAACACGCUGGAUCUGUGUUACGGGAACAUUUCUGAUGCGUUUGUAGCUCGGGCGCACGCACCACUCGGCUUCUCCGACCACAAUGUUGUUGUUUUGAUCCCGCACUACCUGACGGGGCUGAAACGCGCUAAGCCAACCAUCCACAGCGCCAGCGUGUGGUCGGAGGAUGCAAUUGCGCAGCUUCAGGGAUGCCUGGCGUGCACUGAUUGGGAUGUAUUUCAAGGGGACCUGGAUAACAAGUCGACCACUCUGCCGUCUGUGAGAGCUGCUCAGUGCCCUGCCCCUGGACUCCCCAUCACAGCCCCCAUUUACGGAGGGGGAUGUACACCUACAACUUAG